UAUUGUUAACCACUUGCCGUCCGGCUGCUGUAUAUAAAUGGCCAGACGGUGGCAGUCCAGGGGCGGGUUGCCAUUCAUAAAUGGCACCCGCCAUUCUGGACUGUGGGCGCUCCCUGGGAGCAUGCAGCACCGCAAUCCGGUGCCCGUUGUGUCCUCCAGACACAGUGGAACACCGAUCAUCAUACAGGAACUCUGUGCGAGGUUCCGAUCAUGUGACCCCUGAUUGGUCAAUCGGUGAUCACAUGCAGAGUAGUAAGCAAGAUGUCACUUCUGACAUUAUUGCUUACUACGUGUGAAAUCUGUGAAUGAUCACAGAGAUCACAUGGUACAGGGCUAUUCACAACAGCCUUGUACCAUGUGACAAGCUGUGACCUAUCACAGCUCACACAGUA